AAUCAGGUACUGGUUCUCAAAGGUCCAGUUAGUGCCAUAGCUUACCCUUCUGAGAUCCUCCAUGCUCUGAAAGAUGAAUUGGAAGUAGUUGGUUUCGAGUUCUUUGACCUCCAUCGGUUGAGAGAGACGCCAUAUUUGAAAAGCCUAUUCGGUAAAAUCGUCGACGACAGGAAAGCACACCUCUUUGGCCUCAAGCGAACCAUGUCGCAAAUAUGGCAGCUCAAGAAUCCACUUACUGUAAGAGAGUUUGAAUCGGAGACAGAGAAAAACAGGGUUGCUACAGGUAAAAAUUGGUCCUUUGAAAACCAAUAUGUUAUUCUUAAAGAGUGGCAAGAAGACUUAACAGCAAACCAUGAAUGCUUCCAAGAAAUAGAUAUGUGGGUUCAGGUCAGUAAUGUUCCACUUAACUGGCUCUGUACGGAGGUAGGCUUAAAAAUUGGGAAAUCCUUCAAAAAAGUGAAAAAUGUCACCAUAAGCACAGGAUCUGGAAAUUGCGGUCGAUAUCUCCGACUUCUGGUUACUAUCGAUCUUAAUGAGCCCCUCCUACGUUGUACCUGUCUCAAAUUGGAUGACAAGGUUCGGAGAAUCGAAUUCAAGUACGAAAAAUUAAUCAAUUUAUGUUAUUAUUGUGGAAGAAUCGGCCAUCUUGAUCGGAGCUGUAGUUUUAAAAUCGAUGAUAUAGCAAAUGGUAGACUUGCUGAAGGCCAAUACCGAGAGUGGCUCAAAGCCACUGAAGGAACUGCUUCUCCCCGUCCCAGCAAAUCAACUGAACCUAUGCCAUUACCAAGAGAGUCAAGCAGUUGCCAUGCUAAAUCUGCUAAUGCAAAUCCCCAGGAGGCACACAACAGUUACUCUUCUGAGCCAUCAUCAAAAAAAGCGGAAUCAUCUAAUAUGGUUUUAGACGCCAGCAACCCUGUGCAGAAAUCCGCAUCCAGAGAGAUAGAACUUUCAAGCAAGGCCUUAAUUCCAGCCACUACAAAUCAAAAGCCAACAGACAUCCAAGCUCAUACAAAUGCACCCCCCAGUAACAUACUCCUCCUUGAUUUCAACAAUAACACCACAACUCCUGAGCAUGGACAGAUCAUGGACUUCUCAAUAGCCGCCUCACAACAGUUCCCAACAACUGAUCUCAGCACACCUGACACCAGCAUUACCCUUAAGGGACAGCUCAAAAAAUGGACUCGAAAGCACACUAAAUCAGCAGACAUCAGUUCUUCCAAGCUCACACCUACUCUUUCUAUACCACAUGAGAAUAGAUGGGUGGUCUCUGACCCUAUUAAUAAAGGAGGAGGCUUGUUAGUAUUUUGGAACAAAGAAGUUUCUAUCUAUCAAAUCUUUUGUCAGCCAUUUUGUAUAGAAGUAGAGUUCAGUCUUAAUAAUAAUCCCGCCAAAUCUUGGUUUAUUUUUGUCUAUUUAAGUCCCUGCAGGACAACCAGAUCUAAUCAAUGGCAGUUCCUCAAACAAGCUAAAGCAAGAUGGGGAAACAACUGGAUAAUUGCAGGAGAUUGGAACGAUAUACUUUGUCAAGGAGAAAAGAAUGGAGGACGACCAAGAUCUGAAGCUAGCUUCUGGGGCUUUCGAACAUGUCUAGCUGAAUUGGGAGGACAAGAAAUUUUCAUGGAAGGGUAUCCCUUUACAUGGGGUAACAAUAGAUUUGCAGAAGGCUACAUCGAGGAAAAAUUGGACAGAAUGGUAGCAUCAUUACACUGGCUUGCUGCGCAUCCUGAUGCCAAAGUCCUCAACAUAUUCCGAAGUGCCUCGGAUCACAAUCUCUUAUUGCUCCAUCCUGGAACCAAUCAAGAGCAGAGGAAAAAAACAUUCUGUUUCGACAAAAGAUGGCUUAAGCAACCAGGUAUUAAGGAUGAAGUCCAAAAAGCUUGGAGUCAACCAGUCCAGGGAUCUGCCAUGUACUCUCUUACUGAGAAGAUAAAAGCAACUCGAGUAGCCCUUUUAAAGUGGAGUAGAUCAUUCAAAACAAAUUUUGCUCAAACCAUAGAAAAGCUGAACGCAGAAAUGUCUGGCCUAAGGGAACAAGGAGGUGCGCGCAACUGGGAAAAAUGGCACCAACUUAAACAACAACUUGAUGCGACAUACAAAUCAGAGGAAGAAUUCUGGAGACAAAAAUCAAGGGCCCUCUGGCUUAAAGACGGCGACAAAAACACCAGAUUCUUCCACCACGCAUAUACCCUUCAAAGAAGAAAAUGCAACUCAAUCACCAGACUGCUCAAAUCUGAUCAUACCAUUUGUGAUACCAGAGAGGAUAUUGCCAACUGUCUCACUGACUUCUAUCAGAAUCUAUUAUCUUCAGAAGGCUCCAAUGAUGUUGGCAAUCUGCUCAGACACAUUCCCACAACCAUCACAGAAGAACAAAAUGCAACUCUCACAGGCCAGGUUACUGAGGAUGAGAUCAAGAAAGCAGUAUUCUCCAUGCACCCUGACAAAGCACCAGGAUGGGAUG